AUGACCUCCUGUGAGUAUACUCAAGGUGAAAUUAAGGAUGAAAUGAUUCUAAUGCUAACACCCCAAGAUAUUAAAAAUGUCCAGAUUGAGCUUUUCAGCCAAAUAAACUACAUAGUUAACACGGUAUCAAAAAUCCCGUAAAUAACUGAUUUCUAUCAGAAGCAGUUGGAGGAAUUAGAAACCAGAAUACAUUUUCAUGAACACAAACAAACCACCAUAAAUAAAGACAUCCUUUCAUUCAAUAAAGACAUUAACAUUUUAAGGAAGAAGGUUACUGAACUAGAAAACCAAAAUUUUAACUCCAAAAUAUACAGUUCAAAGGUCCUGGAAGAAGAAAAAGGCAAACAGAUUAUAGACUAUUUACACAGACUUGUACAAUCAGAAACACUGAAGGAAAGAAACAUCACUCCUCUAUGGACUUUGAAAUUUCUUCAGCAAACACUAAGAGGAAGUCUAAUUUCUCACAGAGUUAAAAUGCUAAAGAAAAAUAACCAUCAAAAUUCAUUGAAAUCUUUAAAAUUACAAAAGUCAAAUAUUUUUAUUUACCCAGACUUUUGUUCAUGGAUCAAGUUAACUUUUAUUCGUGGAGGAAAGUAG